AUGAGACGAUCUGCAGCACCAAGUCAGGUGCAGGGAAAUUCCUUUAAAAAACCAAAGUUCAUACCUCCAGGAAGAAGUAAUACAAGUCCGAAUAAAGAGAUUACAAGGGUGAGUCCAGAUAUAAAACCAUUUCAGGGGGCUGAACAGUCACAGAAUGAUCCAGGUGUUUGCAGGUCAAGUCUUUGCCCUACUGAGGGAAGCACUAGGGAAAUGGGUCAUGGAGUAGAUCCACUUCACACAGUUCAUUCGGCCUCUAAAGAAAUCACAGAAUCCAAGACACAAGAAGAGGAACCUAGUAGCUUGCUUAAAUAUUUCAGUGUUGUUUGGUGUAAAGCUUCAAAGAAAAAACACAAAAAAUGGGAAGGUGAUGCUAUUCUUAUUGUGAAAGGAAGGUCCUUCACAUUGAAAGAUCUGGAAGGCAAAGACAUUGGAAGAGGCAUUGGAUAUAAGUUCAAAGAGCUUGAAAAUAUAGAAGAAGGCCAAACCCUGACGCUUGGUGGGAAAGAGAUAGAAGUCCUGGGUACAAUCUCUUCCGACGACUUCCACAGUGGCAAGUGUUUUCAGUGUGCAGGAGGAAGUCCUGUCGUCCCAGGUUCUCAGGCUGCCAGGAAAUGUUUUUCUAACCCUUUCAAAAGUGUUUGCCAAUCAACUCAAUCAAAGAAAACUAGAUGGGAAAACUGCAAACCACGCCAUGACCCAUGCACACCAAAUUCCCUUGUCAUGCCGCGGCCAGGCAAGGACCACCAGUGGCUGUUCAAUAGAAACAGCUUUCCUCUGGUGGAUGUGGUGAUAGACCCUCACCUUGUUCAUCACCUCCGACCACAUCAGAAAGAGGGGAUCAUCUUCCUCUACGAGUGUGUGACAGGCAUGAGGGCAAAUGGCAGAUGUGGUGCUAUUCUUGCUGACGAAAUGGGUUUAGGAAAAACAUUGCAGUGUAUCUCGCUCAUCUGGACCCUCCAGUGUCAGGGACCCUAUGGAGGCAAGCCAGUAAUAAAGAAGACACUUAUUGUCACCCCUGGAAGCUUGGUGACUAAUUGGAGGAAAGAAUUUCAAAAGUGGCUGGGAAGUGAAAGGAUCAAGAUAUUCACUGUUGAUCAGGACCAUAAAAUUGAGGAGUUUAUCCAGUCUACAUUUUAUUCUGUUCUUGUCAUCAGUUAUGAAAUGUUACUUCGUUCCCUUGAUCAAAUUAAGACUCUAAAAUUUGACCUUCUGAUCUGUGAUGAGGGUCAUCGUUUGAAGAACAGCAGUAUCAAGACAACUACAGCCCUCUCCAGCCUCUCUUGUGAGCGCAGAGUAAUCCUGACUGGUACCCCGGUUCAGAAUGACCUGCAAGAGUUUUUCGCAUUAGUUGAUUUUGUUAAUCCAGGAAUAUUAGGCUCUUUGUCGUCUUAUCGGAAAAUAUAUGAAGAGCCCAUCAUUACUUCAAGAGAACCUUCUUCUUCCAAGGAAGAAAAAGAGUUAGGAGAGAAAAGAGCAACUGAACUCACGUGCCUCACUGGACGUUUUAUCCUUAGAAGAACGCAGGAGGUCAUCAAUAAGUAUCUUCCCCCUAAGAUAGAGAACGUAGUCUUUUGCAGACCGGGAGCACUGCAGAUUGAACUUUACCGAGCGCUGCUGAGUUCUCAGUCUGUCAGGUCGUGUCUGCAAGGACUCUUGGAAAACAGCCCUCACCUCAUCUGCAUAGGAGCCCUGAAGAAACUGUGCAACCAUCCUUGCCUUUUGUUCCACUCUGUGAAGGGGAAAGAGUUUAGCUCAAGUUGUGAUGAAACUGAAGAAAGGAGCCUGUGCAAAGGCUUGCUGACUGUGUUCCCUGCUGGCUAUGACCCUCUGCAGUUCACUGAGAACGAGUCAGGAAAACUACAGGUGUUGGUAAAGCUCCUGGCAGCCAUCCACGAACUGCGACCCACGGAAAAAGUGAUUUUGGUAUCCAACUACAGAAAAACCUUGAAUAUCUUAGAAGAAGUGUGCAGGCGCCACGGAUAUGCUUGUGCAAGACUUGAUGGUCAAACACCGGUCUCUCAAAGGCAGCAGAUUGUUGACAGUUUCAAUAGUAAAUACUCCACUGAUUUGAUUUUUUUAUUAAGUUCAAAAGCUGGUGGUGUGGGACUUAAUCUUAUUGGAGGGUCCCACUUGAUUCUCUAUGAUAUUGACUGGAACCCAGCCACUGACAUCCAGGCUAUGUCUAGAGUAUGGAGAGAUGGUCAGAAAAACCCCGUACAUAUUUACAGACUCCUGACUACAGGUACAAUAGAGGAAAAGAUCUAUCAAAGGCAGAUCAGUAAGCAAGGCCUUUCUGGGGCAGUUGUAGACCUAACCAGGUCAUCCGAGCACAUCCAGUUUUCGGUGGAAGAGCUUAAGAACUUGUUCACAUUACAUGAAAAUUCCCGCUGUGUCACUCAUGACCUGCUCGAGUGUGAGUGCUCAGGGGAAGCAGGUCACGCCGAUGAUGCAUCGGAACCGCCCGCCACCUCUAGACAGUGUCAGCUUGGCCCUCAGAAGCCUAACUCCUUGAGACCUCUCUCCAUGUCACAGCUGAAGCAGUGGAAACAUUUUUCUGGAGACCAUUUAAAUCUCCCAGACCCAUUUCUCGAGAGAAUAAGGGGAAAUGUGUCAUUCUUUUUCCAGAAUAUAACCAACCAAGCUCCUGCCGUCUAACGAAGGACUACUUCCUACCAUUCCUUUGCUCCCUUAAAAACUAAUAGAGGAAUAAAUGUAAUAUUGAGAA